UAGUGAACGGUGUCGCUUCGGAUUGCGGCUGAGAGGCUGUCCCUUAGGAUUCAGUCUCCUCGGGAGGAAAAGAAACACCUCUUGAGACCGGCUGCCUUCCUGGCAUGUGGGAAAGCAAUAGGGCCGAGGAGAGUGGAAGGCAGAAGGAAAAGAGGAAGAGCGAACGCGAGAUAGAUUGACUCAAUAAAGGAACCCACGGCCUCGAGUUGCCACGACCUGGCCGUUACACAGAAGUAAUAAUAAAACAUGGGAAACCCAGAGCUUGUAACAGAUGCUUAUGUGGCUGUUAUUCGUCCAAAGAAUACUACAAGUCUGAAUUCUCGUGAAUAUCGUGCUAAAUCAUAUGAGAUUUUAUUGCUUGAAGUUCCCAUCGAAGGGCAUAAGAAAAAGAGAAGGAAAAUGUUACUGGAAACUAAGCUUCAGGGAAGCAGUGAUGUAACUCAGAGCAUCUUGGAUUAUAUAGUAGAAAUCACGAAACCAAUUUCACCAGGAAACCAAGGUAUUAAAGGAAAAAGAGUACUGGUAAUGAAGACGUUUCCUCUUGAUGGUGAGAAGACAGGAAAAGAUGCAUCUCUUUUCGUUGUGCCAACAGUUGUCAAGGAUAAUACAAAAUACACAUACAGUCCUGGGUGCCCAGUUUUCUACUGUUUACAAGACAUCAUGAGGGUCUGCAGUGAAUCUAGCUCUCAGUUUGCUACAGUUACAGCUAGAAUGCUAAUUUACCUGGAUAAAUGGUUAGAAGAAAGACAUUUGCAGUCUCAUUCGAUACCAGCUUUAUUCAGGCCAUCUCCUUUAGAGCGGAUUAAAACAAAUGUCACAAACCCUGCAUACGCUGUUGAACCUGGACAGACAGAGAGCUCACUGCACAUGGGAUACACUGCAUUAGAAAUCAAGAGUAAAAUGUUGGCACUUGAAAAGGCAGACAUGUGCAUCUAUAAUCCUUUAUUUGGUUCUGAUCUUCAGUAUACCAAUAGGGUGGACAAAGUAGUUAUAAAUCCCUAUUUUGGGCUUGGAGCGCCAGAUUAUUCAAAAAUACAGAUUCCAAAACGUGAAAAGUGGCAGCGCAGCAUGAGCAGUGUCAUGGAAGACAAGGAACGACAGUGGGUUGAUGACUUUCCUCUUCACCGUAGUGCUUGUGAAGGAGACUGUGAACUAUUGAAUCAACUUUUGGAUGAAAAUUUCUCAGUUAACCAACAAGACAGUGACCAUUGGGCACCUAUUCAUUACGCAUGCUGGUAUGGAAAAGUUGAAGCUACCCGAAUGCUGUUAGAGAAAGGGAAAUGCAAUCCAAAUUUACUGAAUGGACAGCUUAGCUCUCCUCUUCAUUUUGCUGCUGGGGGAGGUCAUGCUGAUAUUGUCCAGAUCCUCCUAAACCAUCCAGAAAUUGACAGACAUAUAACUGAUCAACAAGGAAGAACUCCCUUGAAUGUCUGUGAGGAGAACAAGCAAAAUGAAUGGGAAAAGACAGCCAGCUUGCUGAAAGAGGCCCUAAACAAACCAUAUGAAAAGGUGAAAAUUUAUCGAAUGGAUGGGUCGUAUCGAUCUGUGGAGCUGAAGCAUGGAAACAACACAACUGUACAACAGAUAAUGGAAGGAAUGCGUCUUUCUCAAGAAACACAGCAGUAUUUUACCAUUUGGAUUUGUUCUGAAAACCUUGGUCUCCAACUAAAGCCAUAUCACAAGCCCUUGCAGCAUGUUCAUGACUGGCCUGAAAUACUCGCUGAAUUAACAAAUCUGGAUCCUCAAAGGGAAACUCCGCAGCUUUUUCUGAGGAGAGAUGUAAGACUUCCUCUGGAGGUUGAAAAAAAGAUUGAGGAUCCCUUGGCUAUUCUUAUCCUAUUUGAUGAGGCCAGAUACAAUUUGCUGAAAGGCUUUUAUACAUCACCUGAUGCCAAAUUGAUAACACUUGCAAGUCUGCUGCUGCAAAUAGUCUAUGGGAAUUAUGAAAGUAAAAAACACAAGCAGGGCUUUCUAAAUGAAGAAAACUUGAAAUCUAUUGUGCCAAUCACCAAAUUGAAAAGCAAGGCACCCCACUGGACAAACCGAAUACUUCAUGAAUAUAAAAGUCUCAGUACUAGUGAGGGUGUGAGUAAAGAAAUGCAUCACCUGCAACGCAUGUUUUUGCAAAACUGCUGGGAGCUUCCUACCUAUGGAGCUGCUUUUUUCACGGGGCAGGUAUUCACAAAGGCAAGCUCAAGUAAUCAUAAAGUUAUCAGAGUGUAUGUAGGCAUAAAUGUCAAAGGGCUGCAUCUACUCAAUAUGGAAACAAAGGCUUUGCUCAUCAGUUUAAAAUAUGGUUGUUUUAUGUGGCAGUUGGGAGAAGGAGAUACCUGUUUUCAAAUACAUAGUCUGGAAAACAAAAUGAACUUUAUUGUCCAUACCAAACAGGCUGGGCUCGUCAUUAAACUGAUGAUGAAAUUAAGUAGUCAGCUGAUGCCUAAUGAAAGAAGUUAAUGAAAUAAAUGGAGAAUAAUUCUGCAUUUCAUUAUGUUAAGCAAAACAAAAUUGAAUAAAAGCUUUGUGUAUAUAUGAGAUGUAUAGGAUAAAAUAUAUCACCCAAAGGUUUUGUAAAAGUAGUCUUUGUAAAAGUAGUCUUAAAUAAUUCAUAUUUUUUAAAAGUUUUAUUUGCAAAGCCAUCAGAAUAAUAUUUCAUGUAGAAAGAGUGUAUAUAUACUUAACUGCAGAAUUAUUACACAAAUAAAGCCAAAAUUGCACUGUAGGUAAUAAUACUUCUCGAGUACAGUGGAGCUUGAAUCCAUAUAAUAUCCAUAAGAUUCUGCAAUAUAUUUAUUUUUGUUUUGUACAGAUUACAAAGGUUUUACUCCUAGGCUUCUGAACAAAAGAAUAGUAUUGUAGGUACAGGCAGAUUAUGGUGCAAAUAGUAGUAUUGCACCAAGCAUUUGGGGACAUAUGAUUACAGGUUAUAGACUGUCCCAGUGGUAGGCCAUAACAUUCUUCUGUUACAGCGUUUGAGAAUAUAUAGUAGUUCAAUAUAAACAAAUAUAAUUAAACCUGUAAAGCAGUAGUUUUAGAAGAGGUAGCCACCUUGUUAAUCUGUUCAAGCAUAUCAGGCAAAAUCAACAGAAAAAAAAUAAAUCAAAAAUAUUUUAAACCUAAUGAGUUGCCAGGCAACAAAUAGAAUCUGGUUCAACUAGGUAGUUACAUAUUAAAUUCUGCAACUGGAAUUCAGUAGCAGGAACAAACCAGGGAUUUUCUGAAGUAUCCCACUACAGUCUCCUUACCCCUACUACAAAAUAAUACCUAAAGAUCACGGGCAGCAUUCAGAACACAAACAGCUCUAGCUGGAAAGGGAAUAUCAACAGGUCUCCUAGCCCUCUUCCUUUCUUUUUGACCCUUUUGUUUAAAUUUAGAGAGAAAAGUGUGCAACUUGUUAUAUAUUCUGAAUACUUCAUAGAAUAAGUCAUCAGGAGUUACUUUGAACAGGAUCUGAGCUGACGUGUACUGUAUCUGCAUAUUGCCUUUUUAUAAGUAUGAAAUUACUGUUUUCUAAUUUAUUGUUAUGUUUAUAUGAAAUGCAAUAUUUUAUAAAAUGUUCUUUGUAUAAAGGCUUGUGAAAACUCGCUUUAAAAAUUAAAUAGUGGUCAGUUGACAAAGGAGUGUACCCAGUGUGGUAUAAUGAACUAGGUCUCAGGAGUCCUCAGCUUGAAUCU